CCGGAAGUAUUUCUGACGUUUCUAAACUUUUUCGUGCCGUCGUGAUCAGAGGCCGUCCGUCUAACAAUCCGGUAACAGCCUGUGGAUUGAAGUAUUCUCUCUGUCCGGUCUCCGUUCAUUUUAACGGGCGAGUGUGUUAUCCGUCGCUGUAAACCCGCUGCUCUUCCUCUCAGCUCCCGUGUUGGAUCUAAAAAUGGCGGCUGUUUCUGCGGACCACGUUUAAUUCCAGCGUUGCCAGUCCUAAUGAGAUGCUGAGAAAGAUCCAGAAUCGAACAAUUUGUUGGUGAACGGAGGAGGGCUCUGGUCAAAACAAAAUAAAAAAAUAAAGGUCUCAGCAGCUUGUUGCCUUGACUCACUCAGUCACAUCUGACCAUGUAAGCAACACAGACAGCAACUAAUCCAAGACUAAGACUGCACCAGGUCCAGAGCCAGUGGGGUACUGGUCAGAAACCAGCAGCAGGGAGACAGGGUGGCUGUGCUGUCACCUUCCAGCUGGAGAGGCAGACUGAUGGAGAGCGACUGUCGGAUCCCAGUCGCUUGCUGUCGACCUCGAGUCCUCCUCCUCCACGCUUUGUUCUGGGGUCUCGUCUCGCUCAGAGUGUUUGGAGCAGCUCUGCUGAGUGAGGAGAAGACAACAGUGAAGCCUGCUGUCGCCCCCUGCUGGCUGCUGGAGAACUUUGUUGUGUUGGAGGAAUGCAAUCUCUGCAACGACUUCAACGCUAAUAUGCAGUCGGCAUGCAGACAGACGGGAUACGUGGAGAGAGUGAACUGCACCAGAACCAGCAGAGAGGAGUAUAAGAGCUGCCGCUCCGCCCUGUUGGAGGAACACCUCUUCUGGAAGUUUGAGGCCGCCAUGUUGGCUCUGAUGGUUGUCUUUGCUGUUCUGGUGGUCAUUCGUCAGCGCUGGCUGGAUCGCCUUGCCUCUGAAAAGGUCCGCCGACAGAUCGAGUCCAUCUAGGAGGUGGAUCUUGUUGGGUUUUUAAAUCCUGUGGCAGUAUUUUAAAAUGUAUCCACUCUGAAAGGUUUUGAUUGAGAUCAAUCAGGACUAAAGAGAAACCUGCAGAGAAACCGGACUGUUGGAUGUUCUCGAUCGAGCUGGUGAGCUCCUCGCUCCGUCUGUGAAGUUUUUCUCUUCACCAGCAACUGUUUCUCUCUUCAAACUGCAGAAAAAACUAAAAGCAGGACGGUGAAAUGUCCCAACUCCUGAUGCAAACAGUAGAAUAUAUUUUAGUGUACAGAGUUUAUAGAGAAUUUAGGGGAGGAGUAGUUCUCGACCUGAGAAUAAAAAACAGAACUUGAACUAAGUGAGGAUCAAACUGAAAAGAAGUGAAACUAAUCCUUCAGAAACAGCAGCGGAAACUUUUUCUCCUGACGUCGUAAACCAGCUGCAUCGCUCUGAUGUCACAGACAGGAACUUCCAGAAAUGGUCUCUGGAAGUAACAUCACAACACUACGAGGCAGCAGCUGUUUCUGAAACAGUUCAGCUUCAUAUCGUGUGGUCUGGACUUUCUUUACAUCACUGUUGGAUGACGUGGCUGUAUUUCACUUCUGACUCCAUAUAGCAGGUUCCUACGCAGCCUGGAAAGGUCUGGAAUUUGAUCUGAGUAUUUUCCUGGUCUAGAUAAGUAGGGAAACAAGAGUAUGGGAACAUGUUUGUAUUCUCAGACCUUAUUGCCUGUCCCAUUGUCUACUUCUUUGGGUUCUUCAUUCCUUUCCUUUGUCCCUCCAUCCUUGUCUUCCUCUCUCAUUCUUUCCUUCCUUCCUGUACCAUUUUUUUCUCAGCUUUCUAUAUUUAAAUCUUGACCACUGUAAAUAUCUGCCAUAAAUUCAUGGUGAACUGUAGAGUUUCAUAGUAACUGGGAAGUCUCGAAAUGUUUAAUUUUGGCAUUAAGGAUGUGUAGGAACGGUGUUGCACAGAAUUUACUGGUUGAAAUGGAUCAGAAUUGGACUCCACCAAUCAUAUCCACCCAUCUUCAUUCUGAUUGGUUGCUGCUUCUAACUAAAGAAACUCCAGAACAUACUGUUUAGAUUUUAUGCUCCUGAGUCACAGCAUUUCUGCCUUGUUCUGAUGUUUUUAUUGUAAAUAAUAAGUUUGUUUCGUUUCUCUGUGAAGUUUCUGACAGAAUAAACUGAAGAGAAACAUAAAA